GAGCAAAGCCCUCCAAUCGGUGUCUUCGGUGCUAGCAAGUAAUGGUUCCGACCCGUGUUGGUCGGUGAGGAGCAAAGGGAAGCGAUGGUCUUCCUGCUGCCAUGGCUCAGCCUCCUGCGGGGACAGCUACAGCCGGUGGGAAGGAGAAUCAGCCACAACGGCAUCACCGACGCCUGAGAGAUCCGCGCCGGCCCUCUUGAGACUCCCGUGUGGGCGGUGAACGUCCGAAACGCUGAAGCUGGCGAGCCGGGGCCCCGAGUUAGACGCCCCUCCUGGGUUGCGGAGCGCGGCUCCCCAGAGCCUUGCCCCGGCUCAGCAGAAGAGGAUGAAGAAGCGCAAGGAGCUGAACGCGCUCAUAGGCCUUGGCGGUGCAAACGGCGACCGCGGAAGCGGAAGCGGCGGAGGCGGCCGGCGCAAAAAGAAGCACCCCAGGAAAGGCUCUGCCUCGGGUCAUCGACUGCUCCGCACCGAGUCUGCCGAAAGUAGCACCAGCAGCUCCUCAGAUCCGGAUUACGGGGACGGAUUCGGGCUACCAGGCGCCCGCGCCCGCUUUUCUAAGGGUGACUACCUGCGAUGCUGCAAACUCUGCUACCCGUUAUGUGCUUUUGUCAUCUUGGCUGCUUGUGUGGUGGCAUGUGUUGGAUUGGUGUGGAUGCAAGUUGCUCUCAAAGAAGAUCUGGAUGGAUUAAAGGAAAGAUUUCGAACCAUGGAAUCUAAUCAAAAAACUUCAUUCCAAGAAAUUCCCAGAAUGACCGAAGACCUCCUUAACAAAGAAAAGGAAUUGGAAAAGAUUAAGAAUGGAGAUUUGGGGAUAAACAAAAUAUGGGUAAACAUCACUGAAAUAAGCAAACAGAUAUCUUUGUUGAUGUUGGCAGUAAAUCAUCUUAAAACAAAUAUUAAAUCUGCUUCUGAUUUGAUUAAUCUUCCUGUGACAGUGGAAGAGCUUCAGAAAAGUGUUGCUACUAUAGGUAGCACAGUAACUAGUGUUCAUCAUGAUGUUGAGACCAUGCAAGCAGCGAUUGAAGAGCACAAGAAAACUCUAGAAACUCUCCAAAAAGAAAUAAAUGAACACACAGAAGAUGUUAGACAAAAGCAUUUACCUUCCUUUUCCUCCUCUUCUGUCCCCCAGAUAAAUGAAAAAAAUAUGACGGACACUUGUAAACAGGAUAACCAAUAUCUACAUAUCUCUAUAGAGGAGAUAAACUCUACUCUAAUGUUACAUCAGAAAUUGAAUGAUUUAAAAUUUUUCAAUCUGGAUUCCACAGUCACCAAUCUAAGCUGGAGAGUUACUUCAUUAGAAAAUCAUAUGUUCGUUGUGAAUAAACUGGAAAAUAGAAAGAACCUUACCUUUGGUAUGGUGGGUAACCUAACUACCUCGGUAAAUAUGGAAGGUGAACCAAGAAAUGAAACUACUGCUGAAAAAGUACAAAAUAUGGAGAAAAUAGAAAAUGGAGAAUCUCAGGUAUCCAAACUAAGAGAGAAGCUGCAGUUGAUUAAUGCUCUGUCAAGCAAGUCAGAUAGUGACCGAUCUGAAGCACUUAAAGUAGGAAAUUCACAGAGCAUCACAUCAGAGCCUACAAAACUUCCAAGAAUUUCUUCAAGAUCACUUGGCAAUAAUUUUGAGGGAAGUCGACACCCAAGGGGUUUGUCCUUACCUGGAAUAUCCAACAUGGAAGAUCUUCAGAAUUUAUUCAGGGCUUCUAGCCAAGGCACUAAUGGCAAGCUAUCAUAUGAGGACCUGGAAAACUUGGUUGGAUCUACAGUGCGUGAUCCACAGAGUUUUAAGGAAUUUGAUGAAGAUGGAGAUGAAAAAUACUCUAUAUCAGAACUGAAAGUGGCACUGGGUCUAUAGUAUCUUUACUUACAAACACAGUAUUGAAGGACUACAGUGGCUAUUAAAAAACCCAAUUGGAUAAGUAAAAGCUACUUCUAGCACUUUUCCCAAUGAUAUACUAAUCUUUGAAAUUAAUUUAGUGUAUCAACUGACACCUUUUAAAUUUUCUGUUCUUUGAAAAAUAGUGAAAAGCUUUUAUAUUUUUAUCUGUUGUAGCAUAAGAGAUGUUGACCCCUGAAAGUUUUUCCAGCUCUGAGGCCCUGAUCCAGGGGUAAAAUAGCCAUGCCUAAAUCUGUUUAUGCAAAUGGGGCCUAUUAAUAGCAAAUACAUUAUUGCAUUGGUUUCGAUUCCCACAGAACUAGGUACAUUUUAUUUUUCCUGGAUCAUGGCCCAAGGAUUGCAUUGCAUUGAAUUGUUGUAAUGAAAAUGGUAAUUGCACCUUAUGACUAUACUAAGAAUUUUAGCUCAGAGUUUUUAUUUCCCUUAUAAGGGAAGCUCGUCUUCAAGUUAAAAUGUCUGUAUAUAUUGACAAAUACGACUUUUAUAUUUCAAAUUUGCCUUAAAUUAGCUGCACUUUAGAAUAAAACAUAGAAAUGAUUUGCAGGAUGGGAUUCUUCCGUUUAUAAAUAUUUAAAGUAGAAUAAACAUAUACAUAUUUGGGUCAACUUGGCAUUGAAAGUAAUCAGUAUUCCAGUUUGUAUUAAGUAAAAGUUGGCAACAGAAAACAUUUCUUCCUCCUAGGAAUUACACUUGUAUGGCACUCCUUUCCCAUAGUUGCCUGUGAAUCACUGGAGAGUUUUCUGCUAUUCAAGGACUAAUAAUCAUGCCAGACUCUAAAGAAGACUUCAGUUCUUUAAAUUGAAAUAAAAGACCUUCUGAGAAACAGGUUGUAAGAAUAAUGAGUUCUGCUUUUAAAUUGAGCAUAGAUUCAGUUGUUGUUAUUUUCAGUUACAAUAAUUUUAGGAAGAGGGAUUCUUACUGGAAACACUGCAAUGUAGACUAAAUAUUUACUUCAGCUUUUUCCCAUUAUAUUGGUUGAUAUUUUAUUUAAUUAAUCUUCCCCAAUUUAACAUUUUAGAGGAUUAAAAGUGGUGUUAAUGGUUAUCGUAGUUAAUAUUAUCAGUAAUUCUGAUACUCCCAGCAGAAUGAAAUGAACAGGACCAAAUUACAUGUUGUAUUAACAUGUACCUCUUUGCAUUUUCACUCUGUAGUUUGCUGUUUUGUUUUAAGAUUAAUUCCAGUGUGAGGUUCAAAUGGAUUGGAAUUGUGGCAUGGACAUGGGGUGGGUGGGGUAUUACUGUUUUCUCCAUACUGUAGUUAAAUCUCCUGCCUCUUAAGUUGCAGUUUGAGUCUUAAGGCAAAUAGCAUUUAAGAAAGAUUUCCAUUGGGAGCACAACAUCAUCCUCCCUAUGUACUGUGAUCUAUCAAGUUUAGUAAGCUUUUGCCUUAUUCAAAAACAUACCGUUGUGAAUGUGAAGUCACUUUUGGUGAUGUGGCUUGAGCUGUAAACUUGGAAAUAAGCAUUUUAAGCUACUGUAUUUUUUUGUUAUUAAAAAAAAAACCAGGUGUUGACAGGCAGACAAAUGGUAGGAUUUCAUUUAGUAAAUAACAGCAAAUAAACAUUCUGUAUGUACAAACUACUGAACAAAAAACAGCAAGGUCUUCUAAUGUGCCAUUAUUAAUGUAAAUCUAAUUUUAAAAUGACAUGUUGCUUAGAACAUUAUCAGAAUUGUUAGCUUUUUUAAAAUAGCUUUUAGUUUAAUAAAUUUAAGUACUCAGGAACCGUCAUUGCCCAGAGCAAAAUUCAGGCUUCUUGGGGAAGAUAAUGGCAGUGGUUUCUAUCCAAGCACGGAAAACUAGUGUACUAGAAUAUGAUGUAAAUGGACUUUUUCCAAAAAUUUAAUGAAUAGUUUUUGAAAAACCAGAUUCCCUUAUCUAGAUUAUCUAGAAUUUAACUUGUUUCCUUAAUUUUGUAUGUUAGCUAUGCCCAUUAAAAUUCAAAAUUCAUAUUGCAAGAUAACUGAAAACCGGUAUUCUUUCGGAUAAAGUUAAUUAGUUUUAUAUGCUUUCUGUAUAAAAACCAUUGACCAAAUAAAGCAAUAACAAAUAUAGCAGUAUUUGUUUGUAUGUAUGUAAUAUAAUUGUAUAGCAAAAUAUUGAAGGUAUUUUUAAAGGUGGCUUGUUAUGAUCAAUAUGAAAGGAAUGACUUCUAAUCUUAGUAUUAAGCUAAUUAGCAUGAGCACUUUUAGGGAUUGUUUUCAGAUACAUUUUUGUCAUAACAGAAAAUCUCAUUCCAAAAUUUCUGAUCUAAUUUAAAUCCCGAAGUCAUAGUCCUCAAUAUCUCAGUAAGGGAAAUAUUUGUUUGAAAACUACCCUAUACUAAAGGAAUGCUUCCAUUGGAGAAAAUGUAUCUAAGAUUAAUUCGUACUGUAUGUUACGGAGCAGGAAGGAAGGUGUAAGAUAUCCCUUGGGCUGACUGAUUAGGGUUCUUACCAUACCAGCAUUUCCCCAUUCCUCAAGUGUUUAUGUCACUCUUGAGAAAGAAACCAUUCAUAUUAGGCAGAUUUAGGAACACAAACUGAUCAAAUGUCUUAACUCUGAAGUGGUAUACUUUUCCUAUUUGCAAGCUUUUCAGAAAGGUAAUUCCCCAUGUAUAAUCUUGAUGUAAUGCUAUCUUACUGUUUUUGAAUGUAAUUAGAGCCUUCAGAGUACCUCGUUUCUCUUAUGGCUUGUUUCUUCUAAGUUGCACAUAUCUUUGUGCAUUUAGAAGUGAACUUAUGUAUAUUACUAGGAAAACAAAAUAAAUGUGGCAAUCAGACUACUAUGAAUAUAUAAACUGGCCUAAAUAGCAUAUUCUUAGAAAUUUUUUAAAGGUUAAUUAACAGCGUGUGCAAUAGCUGUACAGUGAGAACUGAUUUGGAGUUGAAUAUACAGCGCUCUUCCCAAAGCCAGAACCUGCUACUUCAGGGAUAGUUAUUUAUGGAAAAGCAACAUAGGAACUGGCUAAACCACUGGUUGAAAUCCUAGCAUUUUCCCCAUUUUAGCUUCAUCAACAUAAUGAUAUUUCAUUCUGCCAUCAAGAAAGCAUGAAGACUACUCUUCUGAACUGAUGCCACAAGUCAAAUCGUGUCUGUCUAUCAGCCAUGCUGGGUGGGAUUGCUGGAAGCUGUAACAUACUUUAGAAGAGCACCAGAUUUGGGAAAGCUCCAUCGGACAUUAAGCUACAGCUCAUUUUUUUUCAGCAUUCAUCUUCACAGGUGCCCAUGAAAUGGAGUGGUCUCUUUAGCACUGUAGUAAUAGAAGGCUUCAAAUGAAUGUUGGAUUUAUUGCAAUGCUUCCGAUGAAUAUAUUCUAAAAAAUGAGAUUAUUCAGGUAUUUCACAACAAUAGAAUUCCCUGAUAAGAUUAGGGAUAUUCAGAGUAGAUAGAAUAGGGACAGGGUAACAUGCAAUAGUGGAAGGUAUUGCAUCUUUUGUGAUUGCACAAGAAAAUCUAGUGGCGCUUAAAAAGCAAAAAUUACUUGAUUGCAGAUUUUUUUUUUGGUUCAGGAUAAUCAGAUGAAAAAGAAUAAAAUUUAAAUUUAUAGAAAAGGUAUCUUAUUUCUCUGUAUGGAGAACCAUAAAAUUGUAAAGGAAAAAAUGCUUAAGAGUUUUAAAAGAUCUAAACCUGUUUUUCUUGUAUGGGAGCAUUGGCUGUACUUCCAGUGGUACUGCUUUUUAUGCCACAGAAAUGUGGGAAAAAAAUUCUGUUAGAAAAGUCAAGUGACUCUGAUUUGAUAUCUCAGAGUGAAAAUUAUGUUCUUUGAAUAUGAAUAACUAGUCAGAUCUUUAACACGUUAAAACAUAAUUUUCUGCCAUGAAUCAUAGUGUUCACCUAUGGAACUUGUUCUUUAGGAUUUGUGUUGGAAUCCACUGCACUGAAAGUUCACCAAUUUUACAUUGUAUAAAAGUAAUUGAUUUGCAUUGUCCUCCUACUUAAAAUAAUUGAAAUGCUUUAUAAAAUUGGGCUUUGCAGAUGUGCAAAAGCUCUUAUGGAGUGAAUUAAAGCUGGAUUUAGCUGUUGCAUUUUGCACCUAUUAUGCAUUGUGAAUGUCAAAUCUAAAUAAAAUAGUUUGUUUUGGG